AUGCCGCUACCUCGAUACUCUUUGGACGACGGUGGGGACGCGAUUGACGAGACGUUGCAAGAGUCGUAUUCUUCUGUUGCUUCUGCAUCGCAUACUGUGCCCACUUGGUCGGCACCUCCAGAUGCAGCAGAUGCAGGUGCAGAUGCAGGAGCUCCGAUGAGCUUCGAGGAAACGCCGUCGUUUCGGCUCGGCCGCUCGGUAUCGCCGUCGGUAGCUGCAUAUGAUGCACCGUCAAGCCUGGAUAUUGAUGCUCUGCUCGAAUCUACAGGACCACAUCACACCAAAGAUAAUCGCUCGUCUUGGUUGGCGUCUGCAAGCGAGGCUGUAGGCUGGCCAUAUUCUCGCAACUCGCCCAUCGCCCGCCUGACACCGUUCGAACAACUGACGCUGUACAUGUCAACGCAGAAAGCUGCGCCUGAACUGCUCCCGUUCCCCACUCACGCUUUCGACUCUCUGAUCGGUCAGAUGGAACAGCAACAGUCCAUCCUCGACUCGUUACUGCACCUACCACCGUCAAAUGCGCAGGAUGAAGAGCAAGAUGCGCCAGAGUCAGGCGUGGACGAGGACGAGUUCCUGCGGCUCAACUUGGUCCAAGUGGAUCUGGAGAGGUGCAAGUGGUUGCUCAAGCACAUUUUGCGCACCAGAAUGGAUCUAUUGCAGAAGUUUGGCGCGUUUAUCGUGGCUAGGCAGAACGAGAGGCGCAAAUUGAACGAUGCAGAGGAUCGCUUUGUUGGCGAGUUUUGGCAGCUAAAGAAAGACCAUUUCCACUCAGCAGUUCUAGGAUAUCUUCCAGAGCAACUGCAUGAUUUGACCACGGGCCAACCAGCAGACACGGACGACUUGUCGCAGCAAGACACUCAGCAACCGAACAAUAGCAGCAACAUGGUGCCCGGACCAGACUUGGACGCACCCGUCUUCCUCCGUUGUCUGCAGGAUUGCGGUGAAAUCACACUCCCAGACAACGAAAAGGCUACACUCAGCAACGAGUCCAUGCAUCUGCUGCGGUAUAGAUCGAUACGACACCUGGUCUAUCAGGGUGUAGCUGUUCUGCUUUGA